UCACCCAGGAGGAGUGGCGGCUCCUGGCCCCCGCCCAGAAGGACCUGUACCGGGACGUGAUGCUGGAGAACUUCAGGAACCUGGUGUCAGUGGGGUAUGUGGCCAGCAUGCCGGCUGCACUCUCCAGACUGGAACGAGGGGGACGGUGGAUGACAGAAGAUGAAACCCGCCGUGGGAUCUGUCCAGAUCAAGAAAGAUGGUGGCCAUCUACAGGGGCACUUGCAAAAUCAAAGAUGUCCAAAGAGAAUGAAACAAUGCCAUGAACAUAAUGCAUUUGGAAACAUUGUUCAUCGGAGUAAAAGUAAUUUUCCUGUAAGGCAAAGUCAUGACAUCUUUGACUUACAUGGGAAAACACUGAAGUCAAAUUUAAGUUCAGUUAACCGCAACAGAAGCUAUGAAGUAAAGAACCUGACUGAGGUUAAUGGGGAUAUGAAAUCCUUUUCCCAUACAAAGCAUGACCAGUAUUGUAUUGAAAUUAAAUUUCCUGAACGUGGAAAUUCUGCAAAUACAAAUUCCCAAUUCAUCAAGCAUCAGAGAACUCAAAAGACAGAGAAACCCCACGUAUGCGGUGAGUGUGGAAAAGGCUUCUUCAAGAAGUCUCGGCUCACGGAUCAUCAGAGAGUGCACACAGGAGAGAAGCCUCAUGGAUGCAGCAUAUGCGGCAAAGCCUUUUCCAGAAAGUCCAGGCUCACCGAACACCAGAAAACUCACAUAGGAGAGAGGCGGUACGCAUGCACUGAAUGUGACAGAUCAUUCCCCAAGAAAUCACGGCUCCUUGUGCAUCAGAAAACUCACACAGGAGAGAAACCCUAUGUAUGCAGUGAGUGCGGAAAAGGCUUCUUCAAGAAGUCUCGGCUCAUUAACCAUCAGAGAGUUCACACGGGAGAGAAGCCCCAUGGAUGCAGUCUGUGUGACAAGGCAUUUUCCAGAAAGUCCAGGCUCAUUGAACACCAGAGAACUCACACAGGAGAAAAACCUUACGAAUGCACCCAGUGUGACAAAACAUUCCGCUGGAAGUCACAGCUCAACGCCCAUCAGAAGACUCAUACAGGAGAGAAACCGUAUAUAUGCAGUGAUUGUGGGAAAGGCUUCAUUCAGAAGGGCAAUCUCAUCGUACACCAGCGGACGCACACUGGGGAGAAACCUUACGUAUGCAGUGACUGUGGAAAAGGCUUCAUUCAGAAGGGCAAUCUCCUUAAACAUCAACGCAUUCACACUGGAGAGAAACCCUAUGUAUGCACCGAAUGUGGGAAAGGCUUUAGCCAGAAGACCUGCCUCAUAUCCCAUCAGCGGUUUCACACUGGAAAGACGCCCUUUGUGUGUAGUGAGUGUGGAAAAUCCUGUUCCCACAAGUCCGGUCUCAUUAACCACAGGAGGAUUCACACAGGAGAGAAACCCUAUACCUGCGGUGACUGCGGGAAGGCCUUUAGAGAUAAGUCGUGCCUUAACAGACACCGGAGGACUCAUACAGGAGAGAGGCCCUACAGGUGCACUGACUGUGGGAAGGCUUUCUCCCACCUGUCUUGCCUCGUUUACCAUAAGGGAAUGUUGCACGCAAGAGAGAAAGGGGUACGUCCAGUCACGGUGGGGAAUCCUUUCUCAGAGAGCCACAGCCCGUCACGUUCAAGUGAUAGCACGCAGGAGAAAGACCCUGUUAAUAAGGUGUCCAGGCCAAUGCCUUCUGUAGCGGCUCAGACUUCGUUACGCCUCUGUGGGCUCCUAGCAAAUAGGAACACAGCCACGGUGGGACAGCCAGGUGCUAGAUGUGCACCACCAGCAGAUAACCGAGUUUGCACAGGGAAACCUGUUGAAUGCAGUGAAUGUGGUGCUGCCUUCACCGACCAGUUGUGUCAUAGUUUAUGUCCCAAAAAGCACACAGGCAUAAAGUGUGAUACAAUCUAGGUGGAAAGCCCUUGAAUAAAACCUGCCAGGUCAGUGUGUGGCUGACAGGCCUAUACUGAGACACAUAGUGUAAAACCCGGGAAUAGUAUAAAAAGACCAAUAGAAUAAAGAUCCAGAAAGCCUUUGUGGAAAGAUAGAGCCUGCCGGGUGUCUCACGGGUCCCAUAUCAGCAGUGAGCUCAUAGCUGGUAGAAAUAUAAUGACUGUGGGAAAGUCCUUCCCCAGAGAGAAGACCUCACUAGGUGCCAGACCGUUCCCACAGGAGAGAAACUGUUGGAAGAGCUUUGAAGGCAGUGACUGUGGCAGGACUGUCACUGAAGCAUCCUCAGGCUGGGGAAAUCCUACAGAAAAAAAAGGACUCUGAGCACACCAACUGUGGAACGUCUUCAGCAAAAUAGCAGCAAACACAUCCAGCGAAUACGCCCUGUGCAAGUGAAUAUUUCAGAGAUUUCUGCCAGAAGUCUAGCCUCAUUGCACACAGUGCACAUUUCAGGACAAUAUACCUUGAAUCAGACUCCUAAUUGAUGUGAUGGUGACUCCUUAAUUCAAAGGAGGUGGUAGAUGGUGCACAUCAGUGGUUAGAACUAUAACCGUGCACCCCCCCUUUUCUGGGGGGCGCAUGAAUCUUUCAUUCCCACCCAGGAUCAGUAUUUGGUUAGCUCCUGUAUUAUUUUGGCUCUAAAUUUAUUCAGUUAAUUUUAGACCACUGAAGUCCUUCAAAAGGAAGCUGAAUACAUUUAAUUCAGUGUUGUACCAUGGCAUAUUUGGAUGCGUUUGACUUUGUAAAUAUCCCCCAAAGGAACAACUACUCGGAACUCCUGAAUAACCUAUCCGUCAAGUUCUUUGCCUAGAAGACAGUUCCCAGCCGGUACACACACCGCUCAGAAAACCUUUCAUUAGCUAUUUCCUUACAUGAUCUACAGACGCUGACAGUAGUGAACUACAUAAGAAUCCUUGCUGCCUUUGAAGUGUUUUUUUUUUCUUUUUAAACUGAAUUACAUGCAUAUAGCACUUUGACCUUCCAGCACAUGUAAUCAGAGGAGAGAUACACCUACAUUAGUUGAAAGGGACAUAAGGUAAAAGGUACAAAGUAUCAUGGUAAUUUCUUGCUCGAGGGGCAUGUUAUUAUUUGGACAGGGAUGGGGAAAAGAUUCAGUUGGUUUUACAUGUGUAAAAUAGGAUGUGGAUACUUUGUUAAAAGAUACUUUCUUUCUACCUGGAUUAUAAAUCCCUACCCAGAUAGUUUAUAGAUUUUCGCAUAUUCCCCAGCCCAUAGCAGACUGGAAACAAAUCCCAUGGCUUUGAAAGGUGACUGAAAGUAAAUGUGUGGCCUAAAUGAAUGACCCACUGGACUAAUCAAUCAAGCGGAUUUUUGUUCACUUAAGGAAAGGAGCUACGGGAAAGAAAUUUCAAAGAUCAGAAAAU